AUGUUCGGGAUCCAGGACAACCUGCCCCGCGGGGCCACGGCCAGCAUGAAGGAGGAGCCGCUGGCUGUCCGCUCCUGGAUGCACUCAGCCGGCGUGGUGGACGCCAACACAGCCGCUCAGAGCGGGGUGGGGUUAGCUCGGGCUCACUUUGAGAAGCAGCCUCCGUCCAACCUGAGGAAAUCCAACUUCUUCCACUUUGUGCUGGCACUGUACGACCGGCAGGGGCAGCCGGUGGAGAUCGAACGCACGGCCUAUGUCGACUUCGUGGAGAAAGAGAAGGAGCCGGGCGGAGAGAAAACCAACAACGGGAUUCACUACAAACUGCAGCUGCUCUACAGUAACGGAGUGAGAACGGAGCAGGAUCUCUACGUCCGGCUUAUCGACUCCUUGACCAAACAGGCGAUCAUCUACGAAGGUCAGGACAAGAAUCCGGAGAUGUGCCGAGUCCUGCUGACACACGAGAUCAUGUGCAGUCGCUGCUGCGAUAAGAAGAGCUGCGGAAACAGAAACGAGACGCCGUCAGACCCCGUCAUCAUCGACAGGUUCUUCCUCAAGUUCUUCCUGAAGUGUAACCAGAACUGUCUGAAGAACGCUGGAAACCCACGAGACAUGAGGAGGUUCCAGGUGGUGGUGUCCACAACGGUGAACGUGGACGGUCACGUCCUCGCCGUCUCUGACAACAUGUUUGUACACAAUAACUCCAAACAUGGUCGCCGCGCCCGGAGGCUGGACCCGUCUGAAGAGUACCCUCUGCUGCUCUGUUUAUAUCCAGAGUGUGCUCUGCUGCUCCGUCUGUGUCCGAAGCCCUCGGCCCUCGGGUACAGUCAGAGACGGUUGGUGUCCGGCGUGUUGAGGUUCACUGAAAGACGGUUGGUGUCCGGCGUGUUGAGGUUCAUUGGAAGACGGUUGGUGUCCGGCGUGUUGAGGUUCAGUCAGAGACGGUUGGUGUCCGGCGUGUUGAGGUUCAGUCAGAGACGGUUGGUGUCCGGCGUGUUGAGGUUCAGUCAGAGACAGUUGGUGUCCGGCGUGUUGAGGUUCAUUGGAAGACGGUUGGUGUCCGGCGUGUUGAGGCAUGUGAUGGGAGGAGUCGGUGGAGUUGUGGAGUCGGUGGAGGAGAGUUUCUGA